AUCACACAUUUGUGUUCUUCCCCUCAUCUUUUUGCAAGCCUAUCCUUAUCAGAAGCAGAGUCAGAGAGAAAGUUGAGUGAUUGGGGGGAGUUCAAUUUGUUGGAUUGGGGCUGUGAGAUUGUUGUUGAGUUCGUUGAAUUCGAGGUUUGGAGGGAAAAAACUGAACUGAGUUGUGUGAAAUUUUGAUACUUUUGCUUAUUCAAGAAUUGGGUUUUUGGAGUUGGAGAGUUAGUUGAAUUGGGUUGAGUUGUGUUUUUGAAUUCUGGGUUUAAUUGGAGUCGGAGAGAGUUGAAUUGUGUUAAAGUGUGAAUUUUGAUGUCUGGGUUUUGUAGUUGAGGAUCAAAAGUGAGUUGGGUUUGUGAGUUUUGAGUUUGAGAGAGUGAAAGUUGUUUUGGGUUUUGGCAUGAGGUUUUGAUGGUCUGGAUUUUGAAAUUUCUCUGUGAUGGCUGUUGUGAGUUCUGUGCCUACAAUGAUGCGACCAGCUGAGCCAAUAAGGUAUCCUGAUAUUUCAGAUAUGGCUAGUUUUGGAGAGAUUGUGGUGGAGCCUGUGGCUCGGGUGAUCCAAGAUAUGAUAUAUGUGACAGUGGGAACUUCUGUGAAGGAGAGCAAGGCGAAUCUGAUAUGGACAUUGCAGAACUCAGGAGGAAAGAGGGUUUGCAUUGUUCAUGUUCAUCAGCCUGCUCAGAUGAUUCCAAUGAUGGGAACAAAGUUCCCAGCAAGCCAAAUGAAGGAUCAGGAAGUCAGAGCUUAUCGUGAAAUCGAAAGGCAAAACAUGCAGAAGAUCCUUGAAGAUUACCUACGUAUUUGUCGUCAAAUGGGGAUUCGAGCAGAAAAAGUACAUAUUGAAAUGGACUGUAUUGAGAAGGGAAUAGUGGAACUCAUCUCUCAGCACGGGAUCAGUAAGCUUGUUAUGGGAGCAGCAGCGGACAAGUCCCAUUCGAGGAAGAUGACAGACCUCAAGUCUAAGAAAGCCAUAUACGUGCGUGAGCAUGCACCUGUUUCCUGUCACAUACAAUUUGUUUGCAAGGGGCACCUUAUACACACCAGGGAAGCGGAUUUAGAUGCAGUUGAUGCACAAGUUGCAUUGCCACCACCAAGGCCAAGCACCAACUCUGAACGGUCACCACUCCAUUUAAGAUCAAGAUCUUCUGUGGCAUUUGGGCAAAAUAAUCGACCAUCACUUAGCAACCCAGCUCAAGAUUUGUUCCGCCGGGUAAGAUCGUCAAAAGUUGACAAAUAUGGAGGAAGCACAACAGAUGUUACUGAAGGGAUUUCAACUCCGUCAAGCAGCAGGUUGGAAGCAGAACUGAGUGCUGAUGAAUGGGACCGGGUAUCAAGGAGGAGUACUUCUGGAUAUUCCUCAUGCUCUUCUUCUGCAUUGGGUGAUUUACCUUUGAUACAGUUUGAGAGGACUGAGGGAAGUGAAAAUGGUUCAGGAAACUCGAGUACACUUACUCAUCUCAAAGAUCUUAAUCAUUCAUCCCCUCCCAGUGUAUUGGAUGGAAAUGUUGACGAUACGCUUUAUGAUCAUCUUGACCAAGUAAUGGCAGAGGCUGAAAAUGCAAAGCGGGAAGCAUUUGAAGAGUCAAUUAGGCGGGGGAAAGCUGAAAAAGAUGCCAUUGAUGCUAUACGAAGGGCUAAAGCAUCAGAGUUCUUAUACAAUGAGGAGUUGAGACAAAGAAAAGAAAUUGAGGACACAGUAGCAAGAGAAAGAGAAGUGCUUGAAAAGAUGAAGAGGCAACGAGAUGAAGUCAUGGAAGACUUAAGGGCUGCUGUAGAACAAAAAUUACAACUCGAGAGCCAAAUCUCAGAGUCUGAUCAGCUGGUGCAGAGCUUGGAGCAGAAGAUCAUCUCGGCUGUGGAUCUCUUACAAAGUUACAGAAGAGAACGGGAUGAGUUGCAUGUAGAACGUGACAAUGCUCUUAGAGAAGCAGAGGAGCUAAGGAAACGACAAGGAGAGGCCUCAAGCGCACACAUGCCACAGUUCUUCUCUGAUUUUUCAUUUCCCGAGAUUGAGGAAGCAACUCAAAACUUUGACCCAUCACUUAAGAUCGGAGAAGGUGGAUAUGGAAGCAUUUUCAAAGGUUUCCUACGUCAUACUGAGGUGGCUAUAAAAAUGCUAAAUGCUCAUAGUUUGCAAGGCCCCUCUGAAUUCCAGCAAGAGGUGGAUAUAUUAAGUAAGCUGAGGCAUACCAAUCUUGUCACACUCAUUGGUGCCUGCCCAGAAGCUUGGACUCUGAUCUAUGAGUAUCUACCAAAUGGAAGCCUUGAAGAUCGACUGACCUGCAAGGACAAUACUUCCCCAUUAUCAUGGCAAGCUCGAAUACGCAUCGCUACCGAGUUGUGUUCUGUCCUAAUUUUUCUCCACUCAAGUAAACCACACAGCAUAGUCCAUGGUGAUUUGAAGCCCUCCAAUAUUCUCCUUGAUGCCCACUUUGUCUGCAAACUUAGUGACUUUGGCAUCAGUCGGCUAUUGUCUCGUGGUGAAGGUUCAAGCAACAACACAACACUCUGUUGCAGGACUGAUCCGAAAGGUACUUUCACCUACAUGGAUCCUGAGUUCCUUUCAUCAGGAGAGCUUACACCAAAGUCGGAUAUCUAUUCAUUUGGAAUUAUUCUCUUAAGACUGCUAACUGGAAGACCAGCUUUAGGAAUAACAAAGGAAGUACAGUACGCAUUAGAUUCUGGAAAGUUGGAAACCCUCUUGGAUCCUUUAGCAGGAGACUGGCCAUUUGUACAGGCUGAACAGUUGGCUCGCUUAGCAUUGAGGUGUUGUGAGAUGAGCCGGAAGUGCAGGGCAGACCUCGUGUCAGAUGUCUGGAGGGUACUUGAACCAAUGAGGGCUUCAUGUGGCUCCUCAUCUUCAUUCCGGCUGGGUACUGAAGAGCACUUCCAGCCCCCCACAUAUUUCAUCUGUCCCAUUUUCCAGGAAGUCAUGCAAGAUCCACAUGUUGCAGCAGAUGGUUUCACUUAUGAAGCAGAGGCUCUGCGAGGAUGGAUGGACAGUGGUCACGACACUUCACCUAUGACAAAUCUUAAGCUCGAACACAAGAAUCUCGUCCCCAACCACGCUCUUCGCUCUGCAAUUCAGGAGUGGCUGCAACAGCACUGAUAUAUAAACGUAUAUAAAUAUACACCUACGUACAUACACAAGGAAAUGUUUAAUAGAUCAAUAUGAUCACUUUUUCAGACCAAUCAAGAACAGAUCUUAGUCUCUUCAUUCAAGCUUAGAGUAUGUAGCCAUACAAACAAAUGCUUUACAUACUAUUUCCUUGUACAGAAUAUUCCGCACCCCAUUUGUUUAUAUUUCAAAUGUAAACAGACGUAUAUUAUCAUU